AAAAAAAAAAAAAAAAUUAUAAUGUUUCGUCCUCCGUUCAUUCUACUCUUCUCAACCCUAAUCCUCGGUCUCGCCCUCCACCACUUCCCGUCCUUCUUCCCCUUCCCAAAAGCACCCCUCCUCGCCCUCUACUCCUUCAUCCUCGCUGUCAUCACCUACUUCUACACCCGGCCCCUCCCCGUCUUCCUGCUAGACUACUCAUGCUACCGCCCGGACCCAGACUACAGAUGCAACCUCGAACUCUGUGAAUACUUCGGCUUGCGUUCACGCCGUUACACCACAGCGAGCGCCGACUUCAUGCGCGCAAUAUACCGCAAGUCUGGCCUUGGCGAAGAGACGUACGGCCCGCCUUACAUCUUUCAGCGCGAUCUCGACUCUAAGCUUCCAUUUGCCAUUGUUGAGGCGGACGAUGGUAUGUGCUCCGCGGUUUCAUCGCUCUUGUCUAAGACAAAUGUGGCGGCGGAGAGGGUUUCCACGCUUAUUGUGGCGUGUAGCAUGUUUUCUCCCGCUCCAUCCCUUACCUCCCGACUCGUCAACAGGUUUGGAUUCAGGUCUGAUAUCAAGAGCUACAAUCUGUCUGGGAUGGGUUGUAGUGCGGGAACAGUUGGAAUGGACCUCGCAGCGAUGAUUCUGCGCCGCAGCCCCGGAUAUGCUCUGCUUGUCGUCACCGAGGCCACCGGACUGAAUUGGUACUUUGGCGACAACCGUCACAUGCUGGUGACUAAUUGCAUCUUCCGCGUUGGGACCGCCGCAGUGCUCCUCACAAGCGAUCCUUCCAGCAAUGUGUUUGCCAAGUACGAGCUUCUCAGGAGCCUCCGCACCCACCAUGGCCCCGACGAUGCAGCCUACAACGCUGCCAUGCAAGCAGACGACGACCACGGCGGCAUUGGUGUUGCCCUAACUAAAGACCUCGUCGGUGUAGCCGGCGCGAGCCUCCGCUCCCACAUUUCCACCCUUGCUCCUUAUGUUCUCACAGUCUCUGAACUCGUCCGCUACGCUUAUUGUGUGGCGCGCUCGGUUGCCAAAGGCGAGCGCAAAGCCGCAGCGGCAUACGUGCCGGACUUCACUGUCGCGUUCGAGCACAUAUGCAUCCAUGCAGGUGGGAAGGCAGUGAUCGACGCAGUGGGCCGGAUCAUGGGGUUCGAUGAGCGGGUCACUGAGCCGGCUCGGAUGUGCCUGCACCGCUUCGGCAACACGUCGAGCAGCAUGGUUUUUUACGAGCUCGGUUACUUCGAGGCGAAGGGCCGGGUCAAGCGAGGGGACCGGCUUUGGAUGCUUGCCUUUGGGACUGGUUUCAAGGCCUGCACCGUCGUGUGGCGAGCGCUCGGGGAUGCGCGUAUGGCCCCUGACAACCCAUGGAAUGAUUGCGUCCAUAGGUACCCCGUGAAGCGAUUUGUGUAGCGCCAUUACGAUUUUUCUGGAGGUUUUCUGCCCUCGUUACUAUAUAACUAUGGACUUAGAAUUUUAUUUCAUAAUUUAACAAAUUCAAGUUUUAUCUAUUAAAUUAUUAUUAUUAUAUAUAGGCCCCACUAGUCGAAAGAACAUUUAUCUACUAGUAUUUUGGUCAUUCGGUGUCUGGGCCUAAUGUACUUCAGCAUUAAAUUUGUCUACUCUUUGUUUUUUUAA